AUGUCAGGUGACCAAAUAUGCGAUGCUGAGGCUUGCAAUAAUCGUAUGCUCUCUGGUUUGAAUAAGUGUCUUGAACAUGUCUACCAGAUAACUCUGGACUGGCAUACUAAUGAGUGGAUGGGGAGCCUUCCGGCUCUAGAGGCAGCGAUGCAGAUUGCUGUGAGAAAGCAAUGGACCUAUACUCAUAACUACCAGGCUAUCCAGGAUCGUGUUCAAGAGAUUCGAGAUGGCAAGCGGCCGUCAUCGGACCUUGUUAUACUGGACAAUGAGUUCUCGCCCUCCUCUCAGCAGCCUUUUGAGAUUGCAAUUAUUGAUCGUGUUUACGGCCGAAUAUUAAUUAACACUCUAGUGAAGCAUCCUGAAGGGUCCCGUAUAGCAAGCAAUCCAUACAGCUCAGCUUCAAAUGGGCUCCCAGCCGCUAUCAAAAACUUCCUUGCGACUGGUGGUUAUAGCGAUAUCCUGCCAAGCAAUGAUAAUUGCAUUCCGCUACUCCAGGUCCUUCGCCACCAGCAACUGCCAGCGCCAUCCGGGUUUCGAAUUUUCCCUCUGAAACUAGAGAUUAUCUUUUCUGUCUUUUACCCUCGUCAUAAGCUUUGCGGGCGCAAUCAUCGUGCGCUCGUUGACUGCCAGCAGACAAAGCUGGUGCUCGACAAAUUCGAUAGCCUAUGCAAUCCUGUGGAGAGUCGCGGGUCUGAGUGGCAGCCAGAGGAAAUGGCUACCGUUUCGCAGAGACAGAUCCUGGAUUUCUUCAACUGGGAAAAGAAAACUGUUAGUAAUGAGAAGCAAGAUGGAAUAGAUGGUGGAGGCGAAUCAGGUGGCCCCUCGACCGUGACUACGCAUGCCGUUGCCAAGACCGAGGACGAAGGGAAUAAAUAUGCUUAUGGUGAUUUCGGGCGACGAGGCUGA